CAUAGUUUGUAGCAUAGAUGCGAUAAACGCGGGCCUGGCUUGCUUUUUGGGCGACCUCGCGAAAGUCAAUUGUCCAUGGACGCGACGAAGGCACUUCUCGCUCCGCCCGAAUUUUCCCCGCCACCUAUUUACAUGCAAUAGGCAAUAGCAAAUACUAAUACGUAGCAGUCGCGGUUUGUGCCAGUAUGAUACUUUUUGCCGACGCUUCGCCCCCCCCUGAGUCGCUUCGCUCCGGGGGCUCAGCCCAAAAAGCUACUUUUCUAGCGUGGUGGGGGGGCUCCGCCCUAUGAUGAGGCAUUCGCAGGUGUGGACUUCAUGCUGUCGCUGCACAAGGGGCAGCAUGCUAAGGACACGCGCGUGGUGAGUGGGUUCAAGCCUGGUGACCGCGUACGAUUGUUGGAGGCCACGGGGCUGUUCGACAAGGAGAUGGCCACCUAUUCACAGGACUUUUUUUACACCGUGACUCGGCAGAAGGGGUAUAGGUUCGCCAUGGAGGGCAAGCGACGCCUGCAUAGCCCGUCGGAAAUGCUGUUGGUGCGUGAAGUGACUACAGCGUAGCAGGCAGGGAGAAGCGCCAGGCAGAGGCAGCACAGGAGCAGCGCCAGGUGCGGCGUGUUGCGCGUGCUCUUGCCACAACUCAGCAGCAGGCUACACGCGCUAUUGAAGCUCAAGAGGCACCACCAGCUGCGCCUGCAAACAAGCCUGCAGGCAAGCGUGGCAGCAGGAAGCGCGAGCAGGUGCGUGGCUCCGAGGACAGCAAAUUUGUAAAGGGCAAGCUGCAGAUUUUGGUGAGAUUUACAGGGAUUUGUAAAGUCUCUGGCCC